AUGGCAUUCCGGACCGGGGAGACCAUUGGCGGCUUUACCAUCGAUCGACUCUUGGGACGCGGGGCCUAUGGCGAGGUUUUUCUGGUGCAGCGGCAGGGACGAUAUGCCAUGAAGGUAAUCUCUUACGAUGCGGCUCACCAAAGGGACGUCGGCAGCAAGAGCUCCGAUCCUGCGUUGGAGGCAGCCCUUGCCGAAGCGGCUCUGCUUCAGGAGCUCCGCUAUCCACACAUCGUGAGUUGCGAAGAUGUCUUGUACGAGAUGGAUCGGCAGGUGGUCUGUCUCGUGCUGGAAUACAUGGACGGAGGCGACCUUCAUGGCCUCAUCGAUCGCCAAAGAGAGGCCGGGACUGGAUUUGAUGCACAUUUUCCUCGCCGAGUGCUCGCAGCGGUCGGGGGUGCAUUGCAGUACAUACAUGGCGUCGGCAUCCUGCACAGAGACGUCAAGCCUGCAAACAUCCUGCUCUCAAGGAGAUCCGGCCGGAUCAAGAUCUCCGACUUUGGCAUCUCCAAGCUUGUCGAAGCCACGACCCUGCAGGCUCACAGCCUCGUAGGCACGCCUUACUACUUUGCUCCCGAGCUCGUCUCCGGCGACGCGUAUGGAGCACCUGCCGAUGGCUGGGCGCUAGGUGCCGUGGUCUACGAGGUAGCUGCACUGCGUCGCCCGUUCGAGGCACUGAGAGGGGACCGGAGCGACUCCGGACAGAACAGCUCGCAAGCGUGGAGCACCAUGGAUCCACCGAGCGGCCCUGGCGAGGGUGGUGGCUCGCCUUGGGGAUCCAAGUAUGAUGGCAAAGACAAGGAGGUCGGGGGCGAAGGCGGCAUACUGCAGAUGCCGCGGGAGCUCCAGGUCACCUUUCUGCUGCUGUUCGUGACGGCAAUGUGCCUUCAUGCGGACCAAAAUUUGGCAGCCCCCAAUCUGUCGCAAAUUGCCAGCGACUUCCAGAUGACGCCGAUGCAGAAGGACUCUCGGCUUGGUGGCCUGGUGCAGUUCGGCUUCUUCCUUGUUGGAGGUGCUGUGUCCGUCCUUGUGGGACCUGCGGCAGACCAGUUUGACCGGAUUAACGUCCUCUGCUGUGUUGUGCUCUGUGGCUGCAUCCCAUCGCUGCUCAUGAGCCUCAUGGUGCCGUCAACGAAGGCAGGUUUCUUCUAUUUCUUCAUGGCGAGGAUAUGCACAGGGGUCGCGAUCGGCGGCUCAUUUCCAGUCUUGUUUGCAUUCUCGGCGGACGUCUUUCCCGCCUCCCAGCGCGCGCUGAUCUCUGGAGCCCUCAAUGCUGCGGGCAAUGUCGGUGCAGCGCUGGGAGGUCUAAUGUCAGGGGUCGUGGGUCCAUCGUAUGGCUGGAGGAUGCCCUUCACCAUCGUGGCGCUCCCCACCCUCGUUUGUGCAGCGCUCGUCCGCCUUCUUCUGGCAGACCCAAGGACGCAGCAAAAGGCCAAAGCCAAGCGCGAGGAAGUGGUGACCAACGAGGCCUUUUCUGCGUGGAUGGGUGGUGCAGAAAUUCGUGGGGAAGGACUUAGCAUGGAGGAUUUGGACCUGACCAAGUUUCAAAAGGUCUUCGCGGUGAAAUCCAACAUGUUGGUUUUCGCGCAGGCACUGCCUGGUUGCAUCCCCAUCUCAGUCAUCGUCACAUUCCUCGCUGACUAUUUGGCAACCGACCAAGGCAUGGCGGUUGAGGCAUCCACGGCCAUCACGGCGGUGUUUGGCAUGAGCUGCUUGGCCUUCGGAGUGACCGGUGGCAUCCUUGGACAGUCCCUCUGGAACCAGAGGCAGAAGAAGAUGCAACACUUCUGCUUGCUGACCGCUGCCGGCAUGCUGGUGGCUCCGCUGCCAUUUAUGCUGCUCGUGAACUCCUCGCAGGCGCUGAUCACGACUUCAUCUGGCCGGCCAACGCUCUUUGCCUUCUUCUUGGCUCUGUGCGGCGGGUCUGCUGCACUUGCAGGUCCCAACAUCCGGGCAGUGCUUAUGAACGUGAACCCCUCGGAGCGGCGUGGCACGGUCUUCUCAGCUUUCACCUUGUGCGAUGACCUGGGCAAGGGGCUGGGCCCCAGCAUUGUGGUGGCGCUAGUGUCGCUUCUUGGACGCCGCAAGGCCUUCACCCUCGCAUUUGGGGCUUGGUGGAUCAGUGGAGCCAUUGUCACGCAGCUUCGCAGUUCCCUCAGCAUUGAUGCUUCACGUGGUGGAGAUUCGAUACUUCCGACGAAAAAGAUGUAG